CAGCAACAUGAUUCAAUGUUAAUAAAAACACAUAGGAAGAUAUCUUGUUGAUGGCCACGAAAACGGUACCCUCGCUCACAGGACCGAUCAAUUGCCUUUCUUGAAACUCCGUCAUCUCAUGGAAGGGAUGCGCGGAUGGCCCCGCGACCGCGCUUGUCACUGCCCACGGCAGCGCCUCUUCCACACACUCUUCGCCUCCCCGCCGACCAUUCCUCUGUUUUACGAACGUUAAGCAAGCUUUCUCGGUCAUCAUUACUUGCGCUUGUGCAACAAUGGCUGCGACAGCCGGAUAAGUCGCUAUGUUCGCCUUGUCUCGCCGAGGAUGCUGAAAAUAAUGAUGCCGACGAUGACAUUUAUCCAUUAGCACAGAAUACGGAAGAGUUGCAAGACUUGUAUUUGAAGCUACAGGAGCGGAAAAGCGGAAAAAGAGACGUUAUUGAUCGCAUCCUUGAGGGCGACUGGCGACAGGGUAUUACACUAUAUCAGCUUGCUACAGCUGAUCUACUUUACCUACUGGAGCACAACUCCUCUCAAAAAUGGACAGCAAUGAAAUUGGCAUCAAUUGCAGGCCAGGAUGAUAACCUUACGAGAGAGGCCAAGGAAUCGCUUCCCCGGUUCCAUGCUCCUACAUUUUUACGCAAUCUCCAAUCCGAAGUGGCACCACUCGUGAAAGCACACUAUUACCUUGCGCGUGUAGAGCCACUGUCACUGGCUAUUCUUCGGGUUCAUAUUCAUGACUCUCCUUACAACAACCAGCGAUCCAUGCUUGACCACCUAUCAAAUGGUGCUCAGACAUCUGGAGACGGAUCUAGAGUUCUCUACGUUGUUUUUCCUGACAAUUGUCCAAUGGUUUACAUCUCGUUGAUUUCAUCUCCAGGGCAAGCCGCUGGAGUGGAAGGUCGUAAUCUUCGAAGAAUGGUUAUCGAGGCUUUACCAAGAGCAUUCUCUCGCUCAAGAGCUCGAUAUAGCUUGGAGUCAACUUCUCUCACUGCGAGGUCCUUAUCAGCACUUCUUGCCCUUCGGGGCCCGGGACGAGGUAAUAAUGCGGCUGGCGGGUGGAGCAUCUUUGCCGAGGGGACUGUUGAAGAUAGCCCGCUGAAUCAUGUCGAGCCAAGUAUGCGAGAACCCAUAGCGAAUGAGGAUUCAGAGCAUAACUCCGACAAUGAGAAAGUUGGUGACUCCAUCCCAGCCAAACUUCAAGCAAUAGGGUUGCCGGCUGCUGAUGAGGCAACCAAAAAGCGACUCAUCGAAAUUGCAGGAGGGCGCUUUGGCUGUACCGGAUUGGAAGGGGACGGUAAAGGUAUCGAGCGGCUGGAUAUUCGACUUAAAGAUCAAGGGUCUCGUGACGAGCAGCCGUCUGAGUCUCGAUUGUCAUUACAGCAAGGAACAGAACAAGAUUCGCUAUUGAAAACAUGGAGUCCACAGGUACAAUUGGCUUUUCACGGCUCUCACGUAAUCGCUGGCAUCCGUCGGCUUGUCGAGACUGGCGCAGUCGAUGGUGAAAAGAUGCCAAGCUGGAUGACUGGCGAAGCAGGUGUUAGUGUCGGUGUCGUACAGGAGGGAAAGAUCAAAGAUGACAAUCCUACCGUCUAAGUCCGGCGUGGUGACGCAUUUCAAUCUGAUUUCGCUGUAGACUUUUUUGUACAUGGCGUGGUGGGUAAACAAUAAUGGGGUCCGGCGCGGGCAUAGCUUUUCAAGGAUUCACUUGGAAUUUACUGCUGGCAGGAGGCGCUCUCAUAUCGGAACACCAU